ACCCGGCGGCCUGGAGUCACGUGGGGCCCAGCUGGGCGGCCUCUGGGGAAGUUGGGCCAAGAUGGCGACAGUGAGAAAGGCACUCCCGCGGCGGCUGGUGGGCUUGGCGUCUCUCCGCUGCGUUAACACUUCAGCCAUGGGCACAUUCCCAAAGUGGGUGAAGAUCGUGGAAGUUGGUCCCCGGGAUGGUCUGCAGAAUGAAAAGAAUAUUGUAUCUACUCCAGUGAAAAUCAAGCUGAUAGACAUGCUUUCGGAAGCUGGACUCCCUGUUAUUGAAGCCACCAGCUUUGUCUCUCCCAAGUGGGUCCCCCAGAUGGCUGACCAUACUGAAGUCUUGAAAGGCAUCCAGAAGUUUCCUGGGAUCAACUAUCCAGUCCUGACUCCAAAUGUGAAAGGCUUCAAGGAAGCGGUAGCUGCUGGAGCUAAGGAAGUGAGCAUCUUCGGAGCUGCCUCAGAGCUCUUCACCAAGAAGAACGUGAACUGUUCCAUAGAGGAGAGUUUCCAGCGCUUUGAUGGAGUCAUGAAGGCUGCACAGACCGCCAGCAUUCCUGUUCGGGGGUACGUCUCCUGUGCCCUCGGAUGCCCCUACGAGGGGAAGGUCUCCCCGGCUAAAGUAGCUGAGGUCGCCAAGAAGUUGUACUCAAUGGGCUGCUAUGAGAUCUCCCUUGGGGACACCAUAGGCGUGGGCACCCCAGGGCUCAUGAAAGACAUGUUGUCUGCUGUCAUGUGUGAGGUCCCUGUGGCGGCCCUGGCUGUUCACUGCCAUGAUACCUACGGCCAAGCCCUGGCUAACACCUUGGUGGCCCUGCAGAUGGGAGUCAGUGUUGUGGACUCUUCUGUGGCAGGACUUGGAGGCUGUCCCUAUGCACAAGGGGCCUCAGGGAACUUGGCCACCGAGGACCUAGUCUACAUGUUAACUGGUUUAGGGAUUCACACGGGUGUGAACUUCCAGAAGCUCCUUGAAGCUGGGGAUUUUAUCUGUCAAGCCCUGAACAGAAAAACCAGCUCCAAAGUGGCACAGGCUACCUGUAAACUUUGAGCCCCUUGCCCAAAUGAAGACGGGGGUUUGUGGGAGUAGGGUAUGUGCAAAUGAUUCCUGGAUGGGGAAAUGGAAUGAGAACAAAAUUAAAAGGCAUCACCAAGGGGGUGAGGGCUGAAGCUGCUGCUUAACCUUGGGCUGUCCCUGCCAGACCUGAGGCCUGAGCUCAGUGAGUGGCUUUGGGGUCUGGAAACCUCCCUUCCCUGUGGACCAGUUCCCCAGAGUGGUCCUGAGUGGUUCAAGUGCCUAAAAGCCUGCUUGGGAUGGCCCUGGGUUUCCCGGGUGAGUGUUGGCUAGCUGAGCUGAUGUGGACACAGCUCCACCCUGCAGACACUCUGGGCUCUUUACUUCUGGGGCAGAGGGAAAUUUCCCCAAAGCCAGCAGAGCAUUUGCCUAGAGGCAUGAGAGAUGAGCCGCUGUGGUAACCAUCUGCCAACUCCAGCACCUCUGGAAAAUCUCCACUCUCUACAUGAUUUUUGAAAACUUAUGUAACUAAAAAAAAGCUUAUAUAAUUAAAUACUUAAUUUUCUAGUAUUCAAUCACAAA